AUGUCCAGAUUCCCAGAAACGAAAGAAGCUAUUGCUGAGGUCCCUUCAACAAUAGAAACAUCUCGCAACGGUACUACCAAUGAGAACUCGAAUACACUAUUAACAACUCACUCCUGGCGAUUUUGGUUCAUCUUCUUAGCGCUAUGCCUCAUCUCUUUUGUAUGUAGUAUAGAUGCAACUAUUGUUGUGACAGCGCUGCCCACAAUUACGAGAGAAAUUGGAGGUGAAGAGCGAUACAUAUGGAUCGCCAAUUCAUUCGUUUUUGCGUCAACUGCACCUCAACCUCUCUUCGCUCAGAUUUCCAAUAUUCUGGGAAGACGCAAUCCAUUUAUUUUCGCUAUUUGCCUCUUUGCUCUUGGAAGCGGUCUUUCUGGCGGUGCCGCAACUCCAGCUAUGCUCAUUGCCGGACGAACAACACAAGGAGUUGGCGCAGGGGGCUGUUAUGUACUUCUUGAUGUUGUACUUUGCGACAUAGUGCCUCUCCGCCAAAGAGGCAAGUAUCUUGGUAUCAUGCUCGGGACUUCAGCGAUUGGGGUAACGAUAGGACCUCUCAUAGGUGGAGCUUUUGCCCAAGCCAGUUGGCGUUGGAUAUUCUACCUGAAUCUACCCUUUUCGGGCCUCUCUUUAGCUUUCGUUUUCGGUUUACUAAACAUGCGUUGGAAUCGGAGCCCAUCAUGGAAGCAUGCUCUGAAACGAGUUGACUUUCUUGGUAACGCAAUUCUCAUCCCAUCGAUCGUGGCGGUCAUGUUUGGUCUAACAUUUGGCGGUAUUCAUUACCCGUGGAACUCCUACAACAUCAUUGUUCCGCUUGUCUUAGGUCUCGCCGGAUGGAUUCUCUUUCAUCUUUACCAGGCAUCAUCAUUUUGCAAGGAGCCUAGUGUCCCUCCGCGUAUACUCAGCAAUCGAACGUCCGUCGUUGGCUACUUUCUUGUAUCUGUAACUGGUCUUUUGCUGGAAUCGAUCGGGUUUUUCAUGCCAGUAUACUUUCAAGCUGUAUUCGGAUCAAGCCCUUUAAAGUCUGGUAUCCAACUGCUUCCCACCACAAUCACCGUUGUCCCUUUCGGGAUUGCUGCGGGGAUUAUUAUGUCGAAGACCGGCUUGUAUCGUCCUUUGCACUGGGUCGGUAUGGGCCUCGCUAGCAUUGGUGCUGGACUCCUCUCAACUCUGACAAUGAACUCAAAUAAAGCGUCAUGGAUCUGUUUUCAGAUGAUCAUGGCAAGCGGCGCUGGUAUGAUUGCUGCAUUAACAUUACCUCCUAUACUCGCCGCAUUACCAGAAUCAGACGUUGCGACUGCCAGUGGCCUAAAAGAGGGGUGGCCCGAAAGUGGGGUAACCGACUUAUGGGGCGUAACAGUUCCUUCGAUCGUAUUCAACGGCCAAUUUCAAAAAUACGCACAUCAGAUUGGCGACGCAAAAAUCCAAGCGCAGCUAGCGAAUGGUGCGGCAUAUGCGUACGCGAGCGGAGGUUACAUUGCGACAUUGCCUCCAGGAGUAAAAGAGAGGGUGAUCGGGGUAUAUAUUGAUGCGUUAAAGACAGUGUGGCAGGUUAGCAUUGCUUUCGCGUGCAUCGGAUUUUUGAGUGUUUUUGCAGAAAAGCACCUGGAAUUGAGGAAGGAGCUUGAUACUGAGUAUGGUAUAGAUGAAGGACCGAAGAAUAACAAGAUCGGGGAUUCAGAGGAGGACAGAGUUGAUACAGUGCCACCGGUAGCCUUGAAAUCGGCGCAGUCAGAGAUGUAG